CUUGCAUGCCCUGUCACUAUAUAUAGGGGUGUGCAGGGGCGGACUGACCAUUUGGAAACUCGGGCACUGCCCGAGGGCCCGGGGUCAGUUGGGGGCCCCAUGAGAUGCCCCUGGUACCUUUUUCAUAGGCUUUUUGAGUUUGGGCAAGGACACAGGGGCCCCAUGAUCCCCUAUUGCCUGGGGGCCCCAUGAGUUGUCAUUCCGCCCCUGGAGUCCACCCCUGAUGGCUGUAAAUAGUGACAUCUACAGGCCAUUUGCUUGACA